UGGAAAAAAAUGGGAUGCUUGUGUAGUGUUGCAAGCGGAUUAUCUAGCUGGGCGUCCUAGAGAGGAGUGUGCAAAUAGAUAGGGCUCACAAUCGCUCCGAUACACCGAUCCUUGCAGAAAUAGUGAGAACGAUGAUGAUGAUGGUGGUGGUGAUGAUGAUGGUGAUGAUGCUACCUACUACGGCAGUAUAGCGUACCAUAUUGUCACCAGCAGUUGUGAGUAAAGUAUUGUCGAAGGCUCGCAGGCACAACGGAUAUGCAUGUGUGUGUGUGUGUGAUUGUGUGGUGCCAUUUCAUUCUGGCUGUUGUCCCGCGAGGCGCAUUAACCAACCCCUCACCGUUUCGACGCACGUGAAUUGUGCCCCUGCGCGCAUGGUGCGGUUCAUGGUGGGCUUUUGCGGAAAAAGCAAACCAAAACCCUCAAGCAAAAAAAAAAAACACGAUUCACACGGAGAAACGAGCGAGAAAAAAAUACAUAGUUCCAGGAUGUACCUCCUGCAGACAUCCCUCUUAAACCAUCUCUCCCCACGUGUGUGGAUUUGAAGCAGAAGCAUGACACAAAUCAAGUAGCCUUUACGUGUGUAUGUGUGUGUGUGUGCGAAUAGUGAUAAAAAUCAAUGGUUGCUACAUAUCGCAAACCAUUGCUUCUCAAAUAAAGCUGCACAAACUUUCCAAACAUCCUUUCCAACUCGUGGUGGCUGGCUGCUGUUUCCCCGCGAUGACAAUGAUCACGAUGAUGAUGAUGAUGAUGAUGAUGUGGUGCUGAUAGAUGAGAAGGGGAGAGUAAGGCUAGUAGAGGCGACGACGGCAGGAACGGUGAGCACGCGCGCGCAAGCGAGACGGACGAAAACGUUGAUGAACGGACAAACUUCCGCAGUGUCUGAGAAGAACAAAUCACUGAAACGUGGUGAACCGCCGCCGUUGGGUAGAAGGGGGAGGUGGAGUGUGGGUCGAGGGAGCAGUGUCCUGCAGGAAGCAGUGACACGGAAGUGAUACCGUAGUGAACGCUUCUGAUGGGGUUGUAUAUAUUAUUGCUGAUAAGAAAACGGGCCAUCAGAAAAGGGCGCAUGUGAUAUGCAGCUGCCGUUGCAGCAGAGUAUAUCCACGCACGCACACAUAGCCGCACGUGUGUGGUUGUGUUUGUGUGGCUUUGAAGGCGUAAGGCUAGUGAAGAGUACGGGGAGCGCGUGUUUUGCAUUAGUGCAUAUCCUGUCCAUCCAAGCCAGCGUACGCGGUAAAGCAUGUAAACGGAGCCAGCAAAGUAGGCCUGGGGAGUACAUUUUCAUGCACACCACGAGAUGCGAGAAAGAACCCCCGUACAGUGAGAAAGUAUAAUGGAAGUGAGAUAGUGGUGUGUAGUGAUGUGAGAACAAACCGAGCACAAAUCUUUGUUAAAGAUGCAUUCGCUCAAUGGUGAUGGUGAAGAUAGCUUACCAAUGAACAGUUGGCGGUAUGGUUAAGAUGGCUUCAACAGAGGAACAGGAUAGGAAAAUAGUACUGGAAUUCUGCCACCUGCUGGAGAAGUCGAAGCAGCUCUUCAACGGAUUGCGCGAUCUGCCCCAGUAUGGGCACCGGCAGUGGCAGGCGUACUUCGGUCGCACGUUCGACGUUUACACCAAGCUGUGGAAGUUUCAGCAGCAACAUAGACUAGUCCUAGAUUCUAAGUAUGGUUUAAAGCGAUGGCAAAUCGGAGAAAUAGCUAGCAAAAUUGGACAACUCUAUUAUCAUUAUUACCUUAGAACGAGUGAAACAAAUUAUCUCAAUGAGGCAUACUCUUUUUAUGCUGCGAUCAGAGGGCGCGCUUACUACUCUAGAGCAAUCAAGGAGGACCGACCGGAUCUCAUGGUUAAGAAACUACGUUACUACGCUAGAUUUAUUGUUGUUUGUUUACUGUUGAAGAAGAUGAAGCUAGUGAGAGAGUUAGUUAUUGAAUUGGAGCGACAAAUACAGGAAUACACCACGACGUACGAGCCAGAAGAUCAGCUAGAGUGGUCACUAGUGCUGGAAGAAAUAAAAGGAUUCAUCAAGGCGGAAUCGGCCGUCGCCGUGCUGCAUGCCGACACGAACCCGAUCGUACUAUCGCACAGUGGUUCUGGUUCCAGGUUAAGCCCGCUCACCACCCCGCCCUGCGAACGGACGCCGCACAUGACGCUCAGCCUGCAGGAGAUUUUGAUCGUCGGUUCCGCCUGCGAGCAGGCCAAGUUUUCCGAGCUGACGAUGGACAUGUUUCGGAUGCUCCAAACGCUGGAACGCGAACCGACCGAUGCGAUGCACCCGAUGAUCGGUCAUCCGAUGGCACACGGAGGACCACACGACGCUAGUCCGGCGGCGAGCCGUAUGCCACCGUACGGUGUUCCGGGGUCGAAAGGAUACGUGGAAAACGGUGAUCGACGCGCGAUGCGUGAUAAUCCACACAAGUACUUGCUCUACAAACCGUCGCUCAGCCAGCUGAUGGUGUUUCUGUCCAGUGGGUUCAAGGAGCUGCCACCGGGCGGUGCCCUGCUGCUGUACAUGUCCGCCGACGGGUGCUUCUCGACUACGAAGCAUCCGCAAGACUAUGGUUACGAGCUGGGAGGAUUGGCGACGAGCGUAAAGCGUGACGCGGUGGACAGUGGGCUGUCGGUGCGCGGGAAAUCGAGUGCCGGCUACAAGGAACCGCACUGUCUGUAUCCGGGCGACCUGUACCCGUACACGCGGCGGCCCCUCUUCAUCAUAAUCGAUUCGGACAAUUCAUUCGUGUUCCAGCACAUACCGAGGUACUUCGGUCAACCGUUAGUUAUACUCAUGUCACCACAGGAUAUUCCUGCCAACUACCAAGAUUUGCAGCAUCACGGUUCGCUGUUUACGCUUUUCCUGCACUCUCCCAUGACGGCCAUGUGCUACAUCUGUAACGUCGGCGAUGUGCCGAUUCAUCACUGGGAACGAUGUCAAAGUUACGUGGACCGGUUCGUGACCGAAGCGUCCCGGCUAGUGACGCGCUGCCGGAUGGACGAGAUCGAGCAGGGUAUCGGUUACAUAGAUUCGUCGUACGUGCAGUUCUUCGGUGAUGAUUUCCUGCGAACGCUCAUUCUACGGUUCGUGUUUUGCGACGUCGCGUUACGGCUGCACCGUGGCUUCCGCGGCCGGCAUCAGCGGCCCCGCUGCGAACCACCGCUGCCCGGGCCGGAGCUGCUGGAGCACCCGUCGCUGGCCCACAUCGUACUGCAGCUAGCGACGGCGCUCGACGUGCGGGGACACUUUGUCGAGGGUCCGGAAGGCGAUUGA